AUGGCGGCGGUGCGUGGUAGUGAUGCCGGGACUGCAGAGCUCGUCGGAAUCCGUGCAAUGGAGCUGUACAUCCCCAAACUGUACGUUGAGCAAGCUGAACUGGAAAAGGUUCGUUUUCUUCCGAAUUUCUCAGCAUUUCUUGCGCUAGUUCCUGAUAGUCCAGGCGUUCGGAAGUACGAGAUUUUUCUUGCCGAUCAGCAGAUUAGUCCGCAGCAUUUCAGUGCUGAUUGCUUGCGGAGCAGCGAUGGCAAAUAUACUCGAGGACUUGGCCAGCAGCAGAUGAGUUUUUGCGCCGAUCACGAGGAUAUUGCAUCCAUUUGCUUGACCGUUGUCUCCAGUUUACUUCGAAAUUAUGCGAUUCCCGUCGCCGAUGUUGGUUUUUUGUGUGUUGGAACCGAAACGCAAAUUGAUAAAAGCAAAAGUGUGAAGACGACACUGAUGAGACUUUUUGGUGGCAACUGUGAUAUUGAAGGAACUGAUGUCAAGAAUGCUUGUUUUGGUGGCACGCAAGCUUUGUUUCAUGCCAUUGAUUGGGUUUAUGCGAACUGGGAAGUGGACCGUGAGUCAUUCUUUGUUCUCAUCACUUUUCUGUGGUCCAUUUGA